ACUCUUUGGAUUGAGCUGGAAUGCUCCACCAGGAUCCCCCUGUUCCCCACUGGGGAAGCAUUAGCUUGCAGCUCACACAACACAUUCCAGCUGCGCUCCAUUUGGUCCCUCCCUCCCCACAUUUGACAGCCUCCGUAGCAACGGCAGCCUUUUCACUCAAUCAGUCACCGCCGCCCAGUUCUAAGCACGGCCGCGGGCUUUGAUCCAGCCUACCACUUUGUAGCUUUGCUUCAUCUCCUUUCUUCUUCCUCUCGCAAUCAUGCCGACCAUGCCAUCCACACCCCCAAGCCGCCAUUGCUCCUGCUCCCAGCUCUCGGCCUAGACAUCAGCCAUUACGCAGCCAGACAAAUCAGCAUGUAACUGGUGGAGUAUAGUAAGUGACAGGACUUGAUCUGCAGGCUACCGAUCCACUGCUACUAUCGGUUGUCAGGCUGUGCUAGUCCAAUCGCAGCAUAUAGCCAAGAACCAUCGGGGAAGUGCGCGAGUGUGAUGGCGGCUGAUCACGCGCUGUCAUUGGCGGCGUCCUCCUGUCCGGGUUCUCUGCACUCCGCCGCCGCCUACUACGUCGGCCUUUCUUGCGCUCUCGCCGCUCUGCAUCGCGCUCUGGGAGCGCAGGGGAGAGUUACCGGCUGGUGCGAUCUUGGCGCGACACGGAGGGGGUGCCGGUGGUCGCGCGUCAGGGAGCUCGCGCUGCGGGAGAAGGUCGGCGCGCUGGAUCGCAAUGUCGAGGAACUCCGGCGACGGAGGGCGGAGGACGCCAGGGCCAACGAGAAGGUGGCGGGCAUCUUCGCAGCCCACGAGCAGCGGUGGCUGGCCGAGCGGAAGUCCCUGCGGCGGCAGGUGCACGCCGUCGUCGCCGCGGCGCGCGCGCGCGAGUCGAAGCGCGAGGAGGAGGCGGAGGAGCUGAGGCGGCAGAUGGAGGAACAGCGCUGCGCGACGGGGCUCAAGGACGAGGCCCUCGAGCGGGAGGGCGCGAGGCGGGAGGACGCAGAGGAGAGGCUGCGCGUGGCCGAGCAAGUGGCGGAGGAGCUGAGGGAGCGCGCCAGGAAGGACGCGGCGGAGCACGCCGCCGAGCUGCGGAAGCACAAGGCGGCGUUCGUGGAGCUCGCGUCCGCGCAGCGGCAGCUGGAAGCGGACCUGGCCCGCGCCGCGCGCCUCGCUGAUUCUUCGGAGGCCGAGCUCAAGACGGCGCUGGAGCGCCGCGACGAGGCCGCGGCGGCGGCCGCGGACCUCUCCGCCGAGGCCGCGCGGCUGCGGCGGGACGCGGAGCACAAGGACAAGAUCCUCUCCGCGAUGCUGCGCAAGUCCAAGAUCGACAUGGAGGACAGGGAGAUGCUGGUGCGGGAGGUCAAGAUGUGCAAGGCCAGGCGGAAGCAGGCCGAACUCGAGGCGGAGCGGUGGCGUAAGAUGUGGGAGUCCCGCGGCCACCGCCGGGGAUCCAGGUCAUCAGCGCGGUCGGACCACCCGGGGUGCUCCGACAAGCUGGCCCACGACGCAAACGACACUAAGAUACUAUUCGUUGACCACGUGGCAGGCGACGACAAGAGGGCGCCGCCGGCGAAGGAGUUGACCACCAUUGAACGCGUCGAUCGCUAUCCCAGCCAUGUCGACGACAAGCCCGCUGUGGAGUGGUUCCAGAUGGAGACCGAGAAGUACACGGCCAUGAUCAAGAACCGGCAUAAGACGGAGGUCGAGGCGUUCACGGAGCAGCUCCUGCUCAAGGGCGAGAAGCUGGAGGCGUUCCGGUGGCGGGCGGUGAGCAUGGACGUCGAGGCAACGCGGCUCCGGUGCCGGAUCCAGGAACUGGAGGGGCGGCUGGCGCAGCACGAGCAGCACAGCGCCGGCCUGGAGGCUCUGCUCCUGGACAGGGAGAAGGAGAACAUCUCACUCAAGGAGAAGCUGGAGACGCUCCAAGCGCAGGCCCUUGGCAUAGUGAUCUACGCCGCCGAUGACCAAGACGACGACACCUGCGACCACUGCAUCCCAUGUUCCCCUGUGAAGAUCGAAAGAACAAUGCCAGGAGAGGCCGAUAGACGGUCAUCCGGUGCGCGACAUCCAGAGGGCACUGAGGUCACCAAUCCUCAUCAUUCAGAGACCAAACUGGACGAGCCAGUUUCCCCAGAUGAUCACAAGGACAAGGCGUUUGAUGUGGAAGCAACAGAGGCGCACGGCGUUCUAGUUCCAGUUCCAGUCCCAGUCCCGGAUCACGCGCACGCCGAGGCGCCAACAUUGCUUGAACAGGAGCGGCACAAUGUUCCAAGGCAAAAUUCAUACAGGUCUGAGAUUGAAGAAGAGAAGGAAGUCUACACCGAUCCGGGCAACGCGCACUCGCAGACCAGCACGAGUAGUUCUCAAGAGGUGACAUCUGGCCUCGCACUCGUGGUCGUGGCGCCUGAGCAGAAGAGCUCUGCUGGGAAGACGGACAUCCACGCGCUCGCGGUGUCGCACAAGAUCAAGAGGCUUAAGCAGCAGCUGCUGGUGCUGGGGAAGCUGGCCGCGGAAGGCAAGGAGGAGGCCGCGGCGACGAAGCCAUCAGGCAGCAGGCAGCAUCCAAGGACAAGGUACCAGACGAUGAUGUCCUUCCUGAGCAAGCACGUCAAGCGGUACCAGUCCCUCGACGACAAGAUCGACGGCCUCUGCGCAAGAAUGGAGGAGAGCAAGAGGAGCGUGGGGCGAGAGCGUCGGGGCGCGGGAGAGCAGAAGGUGGCACUGGGGCAGUUCCUGGGGGAGACGUUCCAGCUGCAGCGGCUCAUGGUGGCCACGGGCCAGAAGCUGCUGGAGACGCAGUCGAGGAUCACGCCAAGCCUCGUGGUGCGCGACGGGGGCGGCGAGGACGGCAUGGACAUGAAGAGGUUGAUGGACGUGGCCGGGGCGUUGCUGAGGGACGUGCAGAGGGGGCUGGAGGUGCGGAUCGCGCGGAUCAUCGGGGACCUCGAGGGCACGCUCACCUUCCACGGCAUCCUCCACACCGCGCGCUGAUGCUAAUGCAGCUGCUUGCUGUUCUCCUUUCCUGAUCGAUCGGAAACUAUGGAGUCCAUUGUCUGCAGCACAUACAUGUUCACGAGCAUAUGAAACUUUUUACUAACAUAGUAUCCUUCCUGGGGAUCGAUAUGUUCAAAGAAACUUGCUUGAUGGCAAGAAAAUCCGCGGAUGCAUGGUGUGGAGGAAUACAUGCAUGGUGCGGAUGCAUUUUGAUCUAGCAGUGAACUGAUGGCGGCAGCUCGUUGGUAUUUCUGACACAGCGAGCGCGACUCUGCUGUGACUGAAUGCUGGUUGAGGUGUUCUGGGCCGUUAAGGUUGGACCGACCAACUUAUCGUCAGUUUAUCUUCUAAUGGAGCUGGCGUUCAGGUUACCAAGCAAAGCAUUCUGAGGUCCAAUUUAGGCACAUCAUGUGCGACGUUCAAUCUGAAUCAACCAAUU